CGACGUACAAUCAGCCUACUUCUUUUGCACAUCAACAUCAGAGUUCUGAAACUUUUGAGGAUAUCAAGAGUAAUAACGAUUCCAAUUUACUUGGAAACCUUAGCAUUGUUAAAAAUAAUUUUGAUAGUCCAUAUAAUAACUGUUCCAUUCAAGCAAGUUUUAGUGAACAACCUCCACAACAACACGCUCAACCUUCUGG